CCGCUGCCUCUCACACAGAACACUGUUGGCUACUCAAGAGAAAAGUUUCAUGGCUGGAUCUUACCUUUUGUUGAGAUAAAACUCAUUAUUGCUUUUUGGGUCAUGAUAAACUUGCAUUCAUCAACCCUCAAGGACGUUUGUUGAUUUUACAAGAUUUUUCAAACCGGGACGUCUUGAGUGGACUAAAGCCAGCAGAGGGGGAUUCAGGGUGAAGGAAGGGAAGAGGGAUUAGGGGCUAAUCCUGGACAUGACCAAUCCUCAAGGAGCCUCCGUCAAGCAGCCCUAUUGCCCAGAUUAUUACAUUUAAUUUAUUGCCUUUUAAAGACUCUUUAUCUCCCCUGGGGGAUUCCUGGCGAGCGGGCCGCUGGAUUUGAGUAUCUUUAAAAACAAAGGAUCAGGAGCAGCAGCCGUUGGAGGAGCAUGAGGAGAGUAUACAUGCAGGGAUAAAGCAACAAGCCUCCCUGCCGUCUCACACUCCAGCAUGGUGCAGGUCAAGGGUCACUGAAUGAACUUGGAUUGGGAAAGUAUGCGGUCACAUUGAUGACACAAAACUGAUUAAGAAGCACAAACCCAGAACAACUGUGAAGCCCAGAAUCUUUGACCACAUAUGCAGCAGAGGUUUUCAGGAAUUGGAGUCAUGCAUAUUUUCAGCUCGCAUUUAUCUUCACCGAAUCUUUCUGGAUAUGAACAAAGACUGAUGGCCAAAAUGGGACAUAGCUGAAUGUGUCUGCCUUUUGAGAAACUGUGAAAAGAAACUUUCCACUCAACUGCGGGUUUUAUUCUGCUGAGAUAUUUUGAAGCUUGAACUGUGAGACGUGUAUAAUUUGCUUUCUUGCGUUGUUCUCGCCAUUUUUUGAAAAAGGUUUUUUUUUUUUUUUCUCCCUUUCUACCGGCUCUGGAAAUUUAUACUUGGAGAAGCCAUGAACCUGGGUAAGUUGUCUGGCCUGAAGGGCCUGGUUUCCCACUCCUCAGGAAAGCGUCGUUUUAAAGGUGACCUCACCCCGGACAUGAUCAGUCCCCCAUUGGGCGACUUCCGCCACACAAUGCACGUGGGCCGCGGAGGGGACGUGUUCGGGGACACCUCGUUCCUCAGCAAUCACGGCGGAGCAGGAAAUAAUGCAGAUGGAGACUCCUCCUCCACCUCAGAGAAGAAUGAGGGAUUCUUCUCCCGCACGUUUCGCCAUGUCCGCAAGACCCCCGACAGGCCCCGCGGCGGAUCCAAGGACCUUUCACCCCCACCUCCACCAGUUUCUCCAAUCAUAAAGAAUGCCAUUUCCCUCCCCCGGCUGGACGUGGACUCACCCAACGGCUGUCCUGUCAAAGUGCUUUUCCCUAGUUCACCAAAAACACCUGAGAACUCCACAUGCUUAUAUGGAUUGGAGUCUGGCUUUGUGACCUUGCCGAGACUGUCACGCACUGAGCGUCCAGCCCAGGGCAGCUCUCCCUCAGCUUGCCCUCCUGAAAUCCACAGAGGCUCGCUCACAGACAUGGGUAUCCCGUCCUUUCCCUGUUCAGACUCCGUCAGUCCUUCUGACUCCAUGAACUCUUUCACCCUGGAUCUGGGCCCUUCCCUCAUGUCUGAAGUCUUUGCUAUGAUUGACAGCCCUAUGUGUGAAAUGGCCAGUCCCAUCAGUGAAAAGACACCGUCCACCGAUGAAAACUCGGAGGUGGACUCGGACGCAACCAUGUCCUUGGUGGACUCACUCCUGAGAGAAGAUGAUGACGGUAGGACGCGGUUGUAUGGAGGAGAGUGGAAACAUUCAGACUUUGUUAACGGCGAGUCACUCAAAAGGUCCGUGCAGGGGGAUCGGAUGCACUCCUUCUCUGUUGAGGAUCACGGCAUGGAGCCGGAGAGUUUCCAGAGGGCCGCUGAUGUGCUGGCACGUCAUUACGGGAGCGGGAGACUCAGGAAUACAAACACCAACAACUCUCACAGGAGAGAAGCAUACAACUAUGCUGAUGAGGAGGAUGAGAUUAAAGUCUAACACAAAUCGCACAGCACUUUUAAAGGG